AUGACAUCCCUCACCAUCUCAAUAAUCGGAGCCGGCAUAUCCGGUCUCGCCACAGCCUUAUCAAUCUCCAAAUCCAAAACCUCCCCUUCUUCUCCCACUCACAAAAUCACAAUCUACGAAUCCCAGCCCCAACUCUCCGAACUCGGCGCCAGAAUCCAACUCUCCUCCAACGCAACCCGAGUCCUUCACAAUCUCGGCCUAGGCGAAAAAAUUCCGAAAAAGUCGCCAGUCAACCCAAAAUCAUGGCUUUUGAUUGGAGAAAUUGCGCAAAAUCCUUUGUCGGAAUGGGAGUAUGGGUUUCCGGCUUGGACUGGGAGUAGGAGGGUGUGGAGGUGGUGUUGGGGAGGAGGGGAGUGUAUUUCGGAAAAUGAGGGGUUCAAGGCGAGGCCGUUUAAGGAGAAGAUGGAGAUUGAUGUGGAGACUAAGGAGUUGAUGGAGUUGGAUUCGUUGAAUAUGGUUUGGUGUGGGCCUGGGUUGUGCAUGCUUGGAUAUCCUGUGGCUGCUGACCGCCUGACGAGGAUGCGGUUGGGAAGUGAAGUCAGCCUGGAGAUGAAACUUUGGGAUUUGGUGGAAGAGUGCAAUAAAUGGACGUCGGGCGAUCUCCCUGCUUUGCCUACCUUUGUCAGCGCCAGCGGAAAACUGGUGCUGGUUAGUGACUGCGCACAUGCUAUUCUGCCUCAUUCAGGACAGGGCGGUGCGCAGGCUCUGGAGGACGCCGCAGCACUUGCAGUCUUUGUGGGAUCGGUGAAGGAUAAGUCGGAGCUUCAACCAAAGAUGAGACAGUGGAGUGACCUGAGACAGGCUAGAAUCAACGGUGUGAGGAGAUUCGCGAUGGGCAACCAGAAGUUCUUGACGAUGGCAGAUGGACCAGACCAGCAGAAACGGGAUCAGAUGUGGGCUGCCAUGACUGCCGGCUGGAAAAAGGAGCUGGAGCGGAAUGGCGAAGAAGGCAUUCGAGCAAAGGCAAAAGCGACCAAGCCUGACCCGCAGUCGGAGGACAUGCGAUCGCCUGAGACUCGAAUGUAUCUGUACGGAUACGAUGCGGCGGAAGAGGCGAGGAAGAUUAUAGCAGCGGCGGCCAGCCAAGGUAUGGAUGAAGUCAUCCAUCGCAGUUUGUUGGCAUGUACCCAUCCAAACAAGCCACUGCCCUUGCACAAUGCAGUCCAGGACAGCCGAGUCAUUUGGUCAAAAAUAAGUCGAAAGGUUCUCCCACUGGGACUGGCAAGAACCGCAAUGGGUUGCAUGCCGGAAGACGACGUAUACUGA